AUGAUGAUGAAUGCUUUUAUGGACACAGCAUCGACGGCACAUCAUUCACAUCUGGCAACGUUCGGGAUUAAAAUGUCUCCGGAUCAUCUGGAGCAAAGUGACGUGGAAACCGCCAGUACCGGAAGUAUGUUGCCCCCAUCGGUGGGAAGUGCCAACACGCCAAGUGAUAUGUUGUCAUCGCAAUCCUUCUAUCAAUCAUCGGCGAAUGCGAGCAGUACUUACAACACCCAUCAUUUAUCACCGCCUUCGCACAUGAGUCAUAUGGCCCCGUACCACUCGAGGGACUUCCUGGCGUUGAAGCGUGACAAUGAUUACUUUAGUACCUCGGCCGCCGGUGCCACCGGUGACCCAACCUCGCUGUUCCAUCACGCACAUCCGGCCGUGCAUGAUAACCUGAACCAUCACUCGGCCACGUCCCUCAGCAAUCAUCACUUUCACCCACAUCAGAUGAGAAUGGGCCUGUCAGCGGAUUACGCCCAUCCUUACCACCAGAGCAACUAUCCCUCGGUACAUCACCAGCAUUUGGCAAACCUGCCGGUCAAUCCGGGCACCUCGGGGGCGUUCUUUCGCUACAUGCGUCAUCCACCGUCGAUCAAGCAGGAAAUGCAAUGCCUCUGGGUCGAGCCGGAACUCCCGCCGCACCAUCUGGGGCUAGGGCUGACCGCACUGAGUGCGGCAGCGGCCGCCGCCGUGGCGGACGGCAGCCGCAAGACGUGCAACAAGAUCUUCCACUCGAUGCAGGAAAUCGUCACGCACCUGACGGUGGACCACGUCGGGGGCCCGGAAUGUACCACCCAUGCGUGCUUCUGGCUCGGUUGCACCCGCAACGGGCGCCCCUUCAAGGCCAAGUACAAACUGGUCAAUCACAUCCGGGUGCACACCGGCGAGAAACCGUUUCCCUGUCCGUUUCCAGCCUGCGGCAAAGUGUUUGCCCGCUCGGAGAAUCUCAAGAUCCACAAGCGGACCCAUACUGGUGAAAAGCCGUUCAAGUGUGAACAUGAAGGGUGUGAUAGACGAUUCGCUAAUUCAUCAGAUCGAAAGAAACAUUCACACGUCCAUACAUCUGAUAAGCCGUAUAACUGUCGUGUUAAUGGUUGUGAUAAAUCUUACACUCAUCCAUCAUCGCUGAGGAAACACAUGAAGGUCCACGGAAGUUUAGGAGAGAAGUCCCCAUCGCACAACUACGACAGUGACGGCGAGGAAUCCAGCUCGGACAGCAUCAUAACGGGCGGAACGCAGACCCCGCCGUCGUCGAUCAGCCGGCUGCACGACGGCCACAACUCGAGCAAGCUGAGCAGCGAAUCGAUCAACAACAAUAACAACAAUAGCAACAACAACAAUAACACAAAAUCCCCAUCUUCCAAUCACCUGCUGUCACCGAUUGGCGCCUCGACGACGUCCUCCUCGUCGAACAGUGCCCUGUCGCAUCUCAGCCAAAAUCAGCACCACCAACUGCACCAUUCGCACCAUCAGCACUCGCACCAUCACCACCUGCAGAACCAUCCGAGCAGUCUAGCGCCACCGCAGCUCCAGCUGACGCCGGCUUCGUCGGUGUCCCCGCAGGCAACGGCCGCCACCGCUUCGUCGAUGCUGGUCGGCCAUCACAACCAUCCGCUGCUCUACCAUCAUCCGCAGCACCAUCCGAACGACUGGUACUCGGCAACGCCGCCUUCCGGGCCGGACACGAUGAACCAUCUGAACCACUUCAGCCACCAUCAUCAUCAUCUGGUGCAUCACGGGCCAACGACGGCCUAUUGA